CUUAUUUGCGACAAUUCAAUGGACAGCAGUUCCUCGAAGCCAUGUCUGACUUUCAUUUGCUUAUAUAUCUCACAACAAUGGAUGCCUUACCUCUGAAGGAGACAAUGAAACCAUUGCUUGAGGCCAUUAAGACGCGCAACACUGCGAUGGCUAAUGAAUGGGCGCGAAGUGAUCAGUGGCUAACCAUCGAGCAGCUAAUGCUCGCCAACAGUUCCGCCCCGUCGACGUCGUCCUCACACGCGGCCACUGCGGACAUGUCGUCGUCGACGGUUGCGUCGGCAAUGGAGGGCCCGAAGUGGUCGUGCAGUUACUGUACGUUUGAAAACGAUGGCAACAAAAGCACGUGUGAAAUGUGUAGUUUACCCAAAGAGACGUAA